CUUUCCCAUCGUGCACUACACGCCCUGAUCUGCGAGUGCUUAACAACACCAUUCCAUAACAGCAGCAUACCAAUGUUCCUUUGAAGAGUGUCUUUCCAAGCAUUUUCCUCUGUUGCAUUCCCUGUCAUUGUAUCAACAAACUGCAGUUAAGAUGGGUAGGCUAGCACCAUUGUCAGAAGAACCAAUAAAUGAAGAAAAUGAAGGAAGCAACAACAACUCAAAAAAAGGUCUUCAAUCAUGGAAGAACUGGAACUGGAUCAAGACCCACUUUUCCCUAGUCUUCAACAAGAAAUCCAACCUCAAGAUCCUCCUCAGUGUUCUGGGUUGUCCUCUCUUCCCUCUCCCUGUCCACCCCAAACUACCCCUCAAUGAGGUGUCAUCGUCGGCACAGUAUAUCAUACAACACUUCACGGCUGCAACAGGGUGCAGGAAGUUAGAGGGGAUGGUGAAAAAUGUGUUUAUUACAGGGAAAGUGGUAAUGUUUGUGGUGGAUGAGCAUGGAUCGGGUGGAACUGGUGGUGUUGUUAAUGGGACUUCAGAGAAAGGUUGCUUUGUGAUGUGGCAAAUGGUUCCAGAUAAGUGGCAGAUUGAGAUGGUUGUGGGUGGCCAAAAGGUUCUAGCUGGUAGCAAUGGCUCUGUCGCUUGGCGCCACACCCCUUGGAUCGGCGUUCAUGCCGCGAAAGGUGGAGUGCGCCCCCUUCGUCGUGCUAUGGAGGGACUAGACCCUUUGGCAGUAUCUUCUAUAUUCAGUGCAGCACAAUACAUGGGGGAGAAACAAAUCUCAGGAACAGAUUGCUUUGUGCUGAAACUCUCAGCUGAUCAAAAGGACCUUGUUGAACGUAGUGACAACACAGCAGAGAUGAUCAAACAUGCUAUAUUCGGUUACUUCAGCCAAAGAAGUGGCCUUUUGGUGUACUUGGAGGACUCUUACCUGACCCGGAUUCAAGCACCAGGGUCUCACCCCACAUACUGGGAAACCACAAUGUCAACCAAAAUUGAGGACUACAGAGCAGUGGAUGGCAUGAUGAUCGCGCAUGCCGGCUCAUCCACCGUGAUGAUCGCCAGAUUCGGGGACAACCUCAAGGCCGGACGACCCGCCGUCACAAGGUUGGAAGAGUCAUGGACCAUUGAUGAUGUUGCAUUCAAUGUCCAAGGAUUGUCCAUGGAUUGUUUCAUACCACCUCAAGAGCUAAAGAAAGAUUUUCCACAAGAACAUCUAGAUUGGAGAUCAUCCUUGCAUAUAUGAUGUAUGUGAAAAGUUUUAAUUGUUUGGUGCUGCUAAGAAAGUAUAUGGUUGACGCUAAUUUUUACUCAACAUUGUAUAAUGUUUUGAAAUCGUGUUACACUUAGUCUAACAUAUUCAAGCAGCUAUUGAUUAUUGAUAUGAAAUUUAAUUUUUCCGUUU